AUGGCAGCUAGAGUGUUUUCGACGAGCCUGAGUUGUCUUCCGAAGUUCAUCAGCGUCGAUGUGGUGAAGAGUGUGGAGAUAUCGCUGGAUGUAGAAAGUGCCAACCUGAAAGCUUUCGCCUGCAGUUGUGCGGCUGGUAAAGGAUUCUGCAAUCACACAGUUGCCAUCCUGUACCAGACCGCGCAUUAUUCACAGCUGGGUCUGCAGGCUGUUCCACCCCCACUGGCCUGCACAAGUGGCUUGCAAAGAUGGCACAGACCAAGAACACAGGGAAUCCAUCCUGAACCGGUUAGUGAGCUGUUGGUGCAAAAGCCCAAAACAGUUGGCAAGGAUGGUCUGAGGUCCACAUUGUACAAGGCAUAUACAGGACCACUGCCAGAUCCAUAUAUGAUGGCAUCUGGAAGCAAAUUAAGCCAGGUGCAGCCCCAACCUCUCAUGGCUGUUGUAUUGGAUGGGGUUUCUGAGAUAGAGUUGACGCCAUCUAAAUUUGGGUCUGUCCCUUGUGGAUCCCCCAUGUCCUAUCACUGUCCACCCAAGAAGUCCAGUGACCUCCUCCUACACCACAUGGCUCCAGAAUUUCCAUCCCUUCCUGUGAUGCAGCACACUUUUCCCAGGUUGCAUUUUGUCCCGACCUUGCAUCAGUUAAUGCAUCUCCAGUCUCUUGAAGUGUCACCGCAGCUGUCCUGCGAGAUAGCAAAAGAAACUCAGCAGCAAUCCAAAUGUCCUGCGUGGACACAGCUAUGGCGACCAAGGCUGACUGCUAGUCGUUUUAGGGAUGCUUGUUGUAGUAGGGCGUGUUGUGCAGAGCUGGAGUCUGCAGCUAUUCAGAUGAUCAGAGGCUCCACAAAGCAAACAGCUGCAAUGAAGCGUGGGCUACUAGUGGAGCCUGAAGCAAACUAUGCUGAACUGUUGCGAGUUAAUGUGUUACCAGCAGGAUUCGUCAUUCACCCUGACGCACCACAUCUCGGGACCAGUCCAGACGGUCGGGUGUAUGACCCUUCAGAGUCGCCUCCUUUUGGCCUGGUUGAAGUGAAAAGCAGCACAAAAACUGAUCCAUCUCAGGUUGCUCACCUCAAGGUGCAGGAAGGCCACGCCAGUCUGAGGCGUUCACAUAAGUACUACUGGCAGGUUUAGGGCCAACUGGCAAUCACAGGACUGACAAUGGUGUGACUUUGUUACCGAUACCCUAUCAACUUUAACUGUGGAAAGAAUUUGGCGUGAUGACUUAUUUAUAGCGGAAAUGAAAGAGCAAUUAGAUAUAUAUUAUUAUGGCACAUACAUGAAUGCAUACCUUGAAUUACACUAAUCUUGUCUUUACCAAUCAGUUUGUCUUACUCUUGAUGAUCUGUAAUGUUAUUUUUUAUUGUAAAUAUUUGAUGUUAAGAGUUGUUAUUAAUCAGUUGAUGUUACGCAUACCAAAAAAUUAAAUGAUGCACAAUUUUGACCAAAAUUGUUUUAUUUGUUCAUCUAUU